AAGAUCCUCAAUUUAGUAAUCAUUAACGGCAACAGCGAGUGAUACGUGUGUGCUUGUGUCCGGUGAUUCCUUUCGUUGCUCCCCAUUCCACAGUUACAACAGGGUGUUGCAUAACAUCUCCCCCCGGCGCCGACGAGAAAUGUUACGUACGAUCGCUGCACGCAGGUUCGGUCCGUUGUGGUCUUCAGUGACGACGCCGUCGUACCGCACGAUGUCAUCCGGUGCUGCGAAGGAACCGCUCGUCCUGACGGAGGAGGUGGGCAGUAAGGGCGUGAUAACGCUGAACCGCCCGAAAGCCCUGAACGCCAUCAACCUGGAUAUGGUGCGCAUCAUUUAUGGUGCCAUGAAAUCGUGGGAAACGAGCAAAAGUCUCGUCAUCGUCAAGUCCGUCGGCGAGAAGGCGUUCUGUGCCGGUGGCGAUGUACGCGCGAUCACAGAAACGAGCAACGUGGACCUGGCAAAGAGCUUCUUCAGCACCGAGUAUGGCCUGAACGCACUGAUCGGCAACUAUCGCCCGACGUACAUUGCCUUCAUCGAUGGUAUUACGAUGGGCGGUGGAGUAGGUCUUUCGGUGCACGGCAAGUAUCGCAUCGCAACGGAGCGAACGAUGUUCGCGAUGCCUGAGACGGCCAUCGGUCUCUUUCCCGACGUUGGCGGUGGUUACUUUCUGCCACGCUUGGAAGGCAAACUGGGGCUCUAUCUGGGCCUCACCGGGUUCCGGUUGAAGGGUCGCGAUGUCUUCAAGGCCGGUGUUGCGACACAUUACGUCGAGAGCAAGAAUCUGCCGGCACUUGAGCAGCAACUGCUGGCCACGACGAGCAGUACGGAGGUGGAGAACGUACUGGAACGGUUCUCCGAGAAGCGCGAUGCCGGAGUAGAGUUUGUGCUGGAGAAACAACGCAAACAGAUCGAUCAGUGCUUCGGUGCGCCGACGGUUGAGGAGAUCCUGAAACGCCUCGAACAGGAUGGCAGCGAGUGGGCACAGAGCACGCUGAAGCUGCUCCACAAGAUGUCUCCAACAUCGCUCAUCGUAACGCAGAAGCAGCUCGAGUUGGGCGCUAAGAUGGACCUGAAGACGUGCCUGCGCAUGGAGUACCGUCUGGCGGUGCACCAUGCGAUCGACAGUGAUUUCAAGGAAGGCGUUCGGGCGUUGUUGAUCGAUCGUGAUCAGAAACCUCGCUGGCAGCCUGCCACUUUGGCUGAGGUUGAUCCGGCGCGUGUUGAGAAAUUCUUCGGCCCAUUACCGGACGGUAGCGAGCUGGUUUAUGAAGAUGAUGCUCCUCCGGCCAACAAGGCCAACCUAUGACCUGUUGGUAUACCUUUUCCCAGUUACUACGGGCACGCCAAACAGUGACAAUGUCAAGUGCAUUUACUAGUGAUUAAGAAUGAUUCCCAUGGAGUGCAGCUAAGCUGUCGCAACUUCCUAUUCUACAUUGUGUCGAUUUUAUGGCCAACCCUCUCCCCGGUUUGGAGCGGGUAAAUAAACGCGA